GGUGGAGUAUUUGGUCCAGUUAUAAAUAAAUAUAAUGGUGGAUAUGUUUGUGUUAUAAGUGGAUUUGUAGCGUUUGCUGGUUGUAUUAUCUCAUUCUUUGCAACAUCUGUAGUGAUACUGAUUUUCUCCAAUGGAGUGCUUACAGCUGUCGGAUUGUCAACGCCAUUCCUGCUACCAUUUGUAAUAGUUGGAGAAAUAUUUGAAGAGAAAAGACGAGGAUUCAUGAUAACUAUUAUAAGCCUAGCUCCUGGAAUUGGUACUGUCCUGUUUCCCUUCUUAACAGGAUUUCUCUCGGAUAAAUAUGGGUGGCGGGGUACCAUCUUGAUAUACGGUGGACUCGUUCUUAAUGUUAUUCCCAUUGGAUUCCUAAAUGCUUCUGUAAAAAAGACGCUGAACAAAUCUCAUCACGCGUCACCCAAAAGCCUGAAAGACAUUUUCACUUUUUCACUUUUUCGGAAAAAAGAGUUUUUAGUACUGGUGUUUUGUAUAUUUCUUCUUAAUACCCUAUUUCCAACUAUUAACUUGUUUUUCAUUGACAUGAUCCGAGACAAGGGUUUUGACAUAGCUACUGGUUCGGCGUUAUUGUCUAUUAACGGGUUUAUGAACGUCGGUGGAAGACUGGUAAAUAUGGCGAUUUCACCAUUCAUAAAACUCUCUAGAAUGGUUCAGUGGACAGUAUUUCUGUUUAUAGUUUCUGUAACAGUUUCCUUCUAUGUGGUAUUCAAUGACUAUGCGUACCUUCUUGGAACUUCUAUUGUGUAUGGAUUCUUUUGGGGAAUGUGCAUUAUUUCCUACCCUGCAAUGCUGUUGGAUAUAGCUGGUCAAAAGAGAUAUGCAAAUGCUAUUGGAUAUACCAACCUUAUUGGUGGUAUAAGCGGGUUGUUUGGAGCUCCAGCAGCAGGAUUUAUUAAAGACACGACAGGAUCUUAUGACUAUGUUUACUAUGGAACAACUGCUCUUGGUUUGUUGGCUUGUGUCUUUUUAUUGAUAACCAUCUUCAAGAGAAGCAGACGUCGGAAAUCGGAUAUGAAGCAAGAAGAACUCGAGUCUACAGAUUUAUAA